UGCGGAGUCGAGAUGCGCCCGAAGGAGCAGGGGCAGGGCUGCGCCGGCGAUGGGCUGGAGUCCGGCCCCGGCCCCGGCCCCGUCCCUGGGGAUCCAGCAGCGGUCAUCCCCGAACCCCCGCCCGCAGCCGGCCCCGCUCCAGAGCCUUCGGCCGAGCCCGAACCCAGCCCCGCGCAGGCACCGGGGGCCGGACCCGGAGCAGCCUCCGGGCCCCAGUCCGGGACCAAGUCCCGAGCCCAGCGCGCGGCUGCAUUUUGGGCCGAACACGGGGACGCGCCCUGGACCCGCUUCGUGUUUCAAGGGCCCUUUGGUCCCCGGGCCACGGGCCUGGGACGUGGAAAGGCUGCUGGCAUCUGGGAGACGCCGGCCGCCUACAUUGGCCGGCGGCCCGGGGUGUCUGGCCCUGAGCGCGCCGCUUUCAUCCGGGAGCUGCAGGAAGCGCUGUGCCCUAACCUACCCCCAGCCAAGAAGAUCACCCAAGACGAUAUCAAAGUGAUGCUGUAUUUGCUGGAGGAGAGAGAGCGCGACCUGAACACGGCGGCUCGCAUCGGCCAGUCCCUGGUGAAACAGAACAGCGUGCUCAUGGAGGAGAACAGCAAGUUGGAAGCCAUGCUGGGCUCGGCCAGGGAGGAGAUUUUACACCUCAGACAGCAGGUGAACUUGAGAGAUGAUCUCCUUCAGUUGUACUCAGACUCUGAAGAUGAGGAGGAAGAGGAGGAGGAGGAGGAAGAGGAAGGAGAGGAAGAGGAGGAGGAGGAGGAAGAAGAAGAGGAGGAAGAGGAGGAGGAGGAGGAGGAGGAGGAAGAGGAGGAAGAGGAACAGGAGGAAGAGGAGGCUCGGAGGCAUGACCAUCCCUAUGACGACCCCAGGCCGCCCUCUCCGGAGGAGUCGCUGCACCACUGCCCACAGCUGGAGGCCCUGCAGCGGAAGCUGAGGCUGCUGGAGGAGGAGAAUGACCAGCUUCGGGAGGAGGCCUCUCACCUGGACACCCUGGAGGACGAGGAGCAGAUGCUCAUCCUGGAGUGCGUGGAGCAGUUUUCUGAGGCCAGCCAGCAGAUGGCCGAGCUGUCCGAGGUGCUGGUGCUCCGGCUGGAAAACUAUGAGCGGCAGCAGAAGGAGAUCACUCAGCUGCAGGCCCAGAUCGCGAGGCUGCAGCAGCGCUGCCAGUCGCCUAGGGCCAGGGCAGGCAAGAGUGUUGGGCUGGACGCACGUGGGUCCCAGCAGCUGCACGACGUGCGGGACAAGUACUCGGACUGCAGGGCCACACGCCAGGAGGAGGCGAAGACCUUCCGCCCGCAGCCCCCGAUGUCCACCGGGUCGGUCACCCACUUCGCGUACAGCCUGCCGCUGGGAGCACUUUCUGGCCUUCCGGCGUCCCUGGUUGAUGAGCUCAAAAUAUCUAUCGGGAGGAUGGUCUCAGACCCCACGUAUUUUACCGACAGGAGUUCCAGAAGGGCCAGGGGGGAGACACCAAACCAGGGGGAGGAGCGAGCGCAGGCACAGGGCUACAGGGCCGAGGAGGAGGAAGAGGAAGAGGAGGAAGAGGAGGAAGAGGAGGAGGAGGAGGAGGAGGAGGGCUCUGCGCAGGCGGAGGAGGCUGUGCCUGUGGAUUUCAAGCCCAUCGAGGAGCUGAUCCCCGAGGAGGAGCUGGGGGCUGCGGAGGAGGCGGUGCCAGCCGAGGAAGGGGCGACUGAGGAGGCGGAGCUGCUGUCCGAGGACACGGAGGCCUGGGAGGAGGUGGAGCCAGAGCUGGAUGAGGCCACGCGGAUGAACGUGGUCACGUCAGCCCUGGAGGCCAGCGGCCUGGGCCCUUCGCACCUGGACAUGAAGUAUGUCCUCCAGCAAUUGGCCAACUGGCAGGACGCCCACUGCAGGCGGCAGCAGAAGCCGAAGGUGCCUCCCAAAGCAGUGGCAGCAGCAGGCCAAAACAAACAUGGGGGGCGGGAGCGUGGAGCAGCGGCCCGGGGUGCCGACCCAGGACUCUCGGAGGCUGGAGGAGGACAGGGCCAGCCACCCUCCCGGGGCCGGGGAGGAAGAUGGGCCUUCGGGGGCCACCUAGGCCGCUGGCACCGAGGCCCCCGCCAGCAAGGGCCACAGUCGCACCAGUCCCCUGGGCUUUGCUUUUUCCCAGCAGCCUGCAGAGGCCCCACAGACAUGAGGCCCCUCCUUCUGCUGCCUGGCCAAGCCCUCCCCACCCCAGCCCUCCCUCUCCCCUCUCCAAAACGUGACCCGGUGCAUGUCAGCAGCCCACCCUCUGUCCUGACAAGCCUGGGCCAGAGCGUGAGGGUCCAAGCCUCGAGCCUCUUCCCGGCCAGGCUGAAGGAGCCCGGGGCUUCGCUCUGCAGCUGGUGCAGGAGCUGUGGCUGCUGGGCCUGGGUCACGUGGUGGCGCCAGGCGCGGAAGAAGCCCCGGGGGAGGCCUGCCGGCUACCAGACCCAGCUCUGAGGAGGGGUGGGGGGUGAUCCCAAGGGUCGGGAGUUGUUGGGGGUCACCUCCUGGGGACCUGGCCCUCUCCCCAGUCCUGUCUUUCCUGCUCAGUCCCCUUUGGUGUUUGUACUCAGAAGUGGCUCUGUGUGGGGUGGGGGAGGGGUCCCUCUGCCCAGUGGUAUGUCUGCCUUGCCCCGGCCACUAGCCUGUGGCCUGCGAGUGUCCAGGCUCCCACGCUCCUCCCUGGGGGGCCCUUGUUCCCUAGUUCUGGGUGUUCUUCCUUUUGUAUCCCUUCGCUCAUACACAGCUGGGCUCCGGGCCUCAGGACCCCCACUGCGCUUCUUAGUGCCCUGCUGCUUGUCCGUGUAGGUGUCUGCGCAGGAAAUAAAGGAUUUGUGUACUGCU